CAUCAUUUGUGAUUAUUGCUUGUGAUGGUAUUUGGGAUGUUAUGAACAAUGAACAAGUUGCUUUAUUCGUUUCUGAAAAAGCUAAAAAUACAUCAAUUAAACAUAUAGCAUCACAAUUAUUAGAUCAUUGUUUAAAUUUAGGAACUACCGAUAACAUGAGUAUUUAUAUUAUCAAAAUUUAA